AUGAUAACUGGCGGCACUUUACGAACUACUCCAUCAUCAAUGACAACACCACCACCAAAGCCACCAUUUUCUCCACCUCCACCGGCUGUGGCCACCAUACAACACUCACCGUGGCAUUCUCCGGCACCCUACCUAUUCGGCGGCCUCGCCACCAUGCUGGGACUAAUAGCAUUUGCUCUCUGGGUCUUGGCUUGCUCUUACUGGAAGCUCUCAGGCCGAAUGAACACUGCAGAGGGACAGGGUGGUGAAGGAGAUAUGGAGGCUGGUGAUGACAAAAACGGCGGAGGUGCCGUCAAGCGGCCUCUGCCAGUUUUGGAAGAGAAAAUAGUGGUGAUAAUGGCCGGUGAUGAGAAGCCAACUUUCUUGGCAACCCCUACGUUCACUACCAACAAAGUUUUUUGGAAAGAGUGA